AGCAACAAUGCUGGUUGGCAAGAUACAUAACCUAUUAAUGGCCACGUCAUUUAUUGAUUUCUAACAAAAUUCAAUCGUUUGAGGGUUUUUUAAUUAUAUGCAAUUAUUCAUUCGAUUAUUUAUAAAGUAAUCAUAGGUUUUUUUUUAUAAACACUAGUUCUCUUAUAUUACCGAAAAAAUGAAGUGGGUUUUAUUUGCAUUUUUUAUUGUUUUUAUUAAUGUUAGUGACAUUAAAUGUCAAUACCAAUCUAAAACUGGCUCAAGCUCAUUAGCCGAUCGUGUCCAGCAGCUAUCUUCUAUGGUUGCCACAACAUCUGCUUUAAAAUUUAAUCUUGGAAAAUUUAAGGAAUAUGUCAAAGCAACACCUAGAAAUUACUCUGUAAUUGUCAUGUUUACUGCUAUGACACCCCAAAGACAAUGUCAGAUAUGCCGACUUGCAUAUGAUGAAUUUAUUAUCGUCGCUAACUCUUUUCGCUAUUCACCGGCAUACUCCAACAAACUUUUCUUUGCCAUAGUUGAUUUUGAUGAUGCUUAUGACGUUUUUCAAUUGAUGAAACUAAGCACUGCUCCAAUAUUCAUGCAUUUUCCACCAAAAGGAAAACCCAAAAAAGCAGAUACUAUGGAUAUUCAAAGGGUUGGACUUAAUGCAGAAACAAUUGCAAAAUGGAUUUAUGAACGAACAGAUAUUCAGAUUCGAGUAUUCCGACCUCCAAGCUAUUCCGGUACUGUGGCAGUUAUCAUGUUAUUGUUCUUGAUAGGAGUGUUCUUGUAUGUAAGAAGAAACAAUCUAGACUUUAUCUACAACAAAACUAUAUGGGGUCUUGGAGCAAUGUUUUUCACCCUCACUAUGAUUUCUGGACAAAUGUGGAAUCACAUUAGAGGUCCUCCAUUCAUUCAUAAAGCACCAAAUGGAAAUGUAGCUUACAUACAUGGAUCAUCUCAAGGACAAUUUGUUCUAGAGAGUUAUAUUGUUAUGUUUUUGAAUGGAGCUGUAGUUUUAGGUAUGAUUCUAAUGACAGAAGCAGCAGCUCGCAAAGGUGAUGUUAAAAAACGCAGAAUUUUUGCUGUGAUAGGAUUAGGAUUGGUUGCUGUGUUCUUCAGUUUUCUUCUAUCCAUAUUCAGAAAUAAAGCCCAAGCAUAUCCAUAUAGUCUUCUAUUCAAGUAAGUAGCAGAUUUUAAUGGCUGGUUUUGAUUCAACAAGGAAAAUCGUUCCAAACGGCGCUAAGGUUUUCGACUUAUGAGUUAAAAGGAAACAUAAUCACUCCGAUGUAAAUAUUCAAUUUUUAUCAUAAAAAUUGUAUAACAAUUUUCCAUAUGUAAAAAUAAAAGUUUACAAUAGGGUAAAUUCUUUCUUA